GUAAAAUUUGUCAUCUGUGAAAAUAUUUAGAAAAACAAAACGAAAUUGUUUAGAUAUUUUGAAGGAAGAAUUUGUUUUUAUUUUUGGCUCAAACUUUUACAGAUUUUCCAUUCAAAAGAAACUUUAUAUGCAUAAAUUAAUGUAUUAAAUCUACAGUAAAAUCAUGUCGGAGUCGUCUAAAUCCUCAAAGUCGUCAAACAUAAAUCCGUCGCCGACACUGCAGUGCAAGGACCUUCACGAAUAUUUAAAAAGUCGUUCGGCGCAGUUUCUGGAAACUUUGUACAAUUAUCCCACCAUAUGCCUUGCAGUUUAUCGUGAGCUGCCCGACCUGGCACGGCACUUUGUAAUAAGGCUUCUGUUUGUGGAACAACCUGUGCCGCAGGCUGUCGUAGCGUCCUGGGUCACACAGACACAUGCUAAGGAGCAAAGCAAAGCAUGUGAGGCUCUGUCGGAGCUCUCGGUAUGGCAGGAAGCCCCCAUCCCAGGAGGGCUCCCAGGCUGGAUGCUGUCUCAGAGCUUUAAGAAGAACCUCAAGGUUGCAUUGCUGGGAGGUGGUCGACCAUGGAGUAUGUCAUCAUCCCUGGAGCCAGACGGCAAGGCGAGAGAUGUGGCAUUCCUCGAUGCAUACGCCCUGGAGAGAUGGGAGUGUGUGCUGCACUACAUGGUGGGAUCAGCUCAGACGGAGGGCAUCAGUGCUGACGCUGUGAGGAUACUGCUGCAUGCUGGGCUUAUGACUAGGGAUGCAGAAGAUGGGUCAGCAGUUAUAACGAGGGCUGGUUUCCAAUUCCUCUUGCUGAGUACGGCUAAACAGGUGUGGCUUUUCCUGCAACACUACCUGCACACUGCUGAGAAGAGGAGUCUGAGUGCCGCCGAGUGCCUCGCCUUCCUCUACCAGCUCAGUUUCAGCACGCUCGGCAAGGAUUACAGCACAGAAGGCAUGAGCAACAACAUGUUGGUAUUCUUGCAGCAUUUGAGAGAAUUUGGUCUUGUGUAUCAGAGAAAGCGGAAAGCGGGUCGCUUCUACCCCACGCGACUCGCGCUCAACAUAACCUGCGUGAAGGACGGCAUCACGCCGCUGGACACGUCGGCCAACAGCGGCUACAUCAUCGCCGAGACCAACUACCGCGUGUACGCGUACACGCAGAGCAGCCUGCAGGUCGCUCUGCUGGGGCUGUUCACUGAGCUCAUAUACAGGUUUCCUAAUGUAGUAGUCGGGGUUCUGACUCGCGAGUCUGUGCGCGCGGCGCUGCGAGGCGGCAUCUCGGCACAGCAGAUCAUACGCUACCUCUGCCAGCACUCACAUCCACAGAUGCUGAAGGCGGACACGGGCGGCGUGCGCUCCACGUCGGUGCUGCCGCCCACCGUGCUCGACCAGAUCCAGCUGUGGGAGAGCGAGAGGAACCGGUUCACAUAUACGGAGGGCGUGGUGUACAACCAGUUUCUGUCGCAGGCGGAGUUCGCCGUGCUGCGCGACUACGCGAAGGGCGCGGGCGUGCUGACGUGGCACAGCGAGCGCGCGCGCACCAUGGUGGUCACGCGCGCCUCGCACGAUGACGUCAAGCGCUUCUGGAAGCGGUACUCCAAGGCGUCCUAGGGCUUCGCACGAGUCACUGUACGUCUCGGCACUACGGGCUCACGAAUGACUUGGUUCCUAACCGGUACUAUAGACAAAUAACAUUUCUAAGUCUUCGUUUCGCAGUACAAGAGUACGACGUUGUCCAGAAGAUCCGCGAAUCAUUUCUCGCAAAUUCAUACGGAGGUACUAGGCGCCAAUCUAGCCAAUCUACAAUCAUCGUGCGAAAGAAGAAAUACGUUAUUGCACACAGGAAUAUAAAAACACAUAAAAAAUGUUGAAAAAAUUAGCAAGCAAAUGCAACCUUAUUACCAAUCUCUAUCGGGCAACUUCUUGCUAAUUUAGAUUAAAUUGCGUAUAAUACGCCAGACUCUGGCUUCAAAUGCUUGCGCGUUGCUCGCUUCUUGAGACGAACAUCUUGGCAUUCCGGGUACAUCGCGUGGUAGAGAGAAAAACAGAGAGCAGAAUCCUGGACUUGUGACCAAAGGACGUAGGGUUAAGGAAUUCCUUGACAAACGCACAUAUAAGCCUGAAACGAAUCUGGUCCUUCUGGCCAAGUUUUACGCGGUUUCCACGAUAGAGGGCUGCGAGUGAGAAACAAGCAACAAGCGCAUCCUACAUUAAUUCUAACUAAUAUUGACAUAAAUAGAUGAGGAUACAGUUAUAAGGUUUGACUACAGAGAUGCUUGCAGUCGAGGUGACUCACCCGAGGGACGAUUUACAUGUCGAUAAAGAGUUGACGUGAGAGUAGUUCAAAAGAAACCAUAAAAUCAUGUCUAUUUUUAAUGGCCCACUGCAGGACAUGGGUUUAUUUUUUUUGGUUCACCUGGUACAGUAUAUUUAGUGACACUUUUAACUGUAUGCAAGAAACACGUCCAACAAUUCAUCAACCUGAAGCAUACAUGUUAAGCCUUGUAUGCCAUAAAUUACAUCUGCAACCAUACCAGGAAGGCCGUAACAGCAAUGUAGCUCGGUGACACAAUUAUGCAUGACUAUUGCUCUGGUGCAAAUAUCCAUGACGUUUUAAAACAAGAAUUCUUUUCAAUUUACAGCAUUCCGACCGGUCGUAUCCUUAGUUGCUUUUGUGCGUGACUAUCGCGUCCUAUCAUGACGUUCGGACGUAUGCUCUCUCCCAAUCGAUUUACAAUUUAAGGGAGAAAGCCUGGAACUGAAGCCAGUGACUAAAUAGUUGUGAAGUUAAAUGUUACCUUGUUAUAAUGCUGCUGUCAAGGGGUUAAAUCCACCUUGCCCCUCCAAUAAAGGUGGGGGAGAAGGUUUAAUGUAAUAAUUUUUGACUGUAGUCAGUUAAUGAUUGAAUGAUUAAUUUUUAGGUUGUGGCUAGUUACCACUACCGGUUUCGACAUACCACCAAAUUUAUUUAUUUAUUUCUAUUGUUCUUUUAGUACCAGGGUGAGAGGAUUUGCAGUCGUUGUAGAUAUGACACUGCAUAACUUGUGUUAGAUUACGAUUUUUAAGUUAUAUAUACGUUAAGUAAAUAAGACUGUAUAAAAUAAUGUAAAUAUAUUGAAUAAUUUAA